AUGGAUAGUAAUCCUGAGCCUUCUCAGGCUAAAAAAAAAAAUAGAAAAUGGAAGAGUCGAAAUAAAAAAUCGAACAAUCCUGGGGGGAACCUCCCUGUUCCAUCUGGAUCGAACUUCGGUGAAUCACUAGUUAGCAAUACGGCUCAAAGUUUGCCAACAAGGAGAAGACAAAACAAUACAGGAAGUCAAGGUGUUAGUGCCGCAAAUGGCAUGAGCGGUCUUGAAGCUUUAGAUUUCUUAACUAGAGCUCCGCUUGUACCUAGUAAUAACUCAAACUUAAUUGAUGAAAGAAAUUCAGUGAAUCAACAACUUCCAGCUAUAACGCCAGCCAAAAAACGAACGAACAGGAAAAAAAAUAAGAGUAAUCAAGAUGUUCCUGCUUCAUCAGUGGCAGAUCAGAAUGGGAGUAUGAGUUCAAGAGCAAAUCCGAGACACAACCCUCAACGACCACCGAAAAAGGAGAAUAAGGUAAUUAAUACCCCCAGACACAGGCCAUAUGUUCGACAUGUAGACCAAAACGCUAUGACUUUUAAAGAGAAACUUAUAUAUCAAUUAGAGAACAAUAAGUACGAGUGCAUGAUAUGUUUCCAAAAUAUAACUCCACGACAAAAAGUUUGGUCAUGUAAAGAGUGUUAUCAUGUCUUCCACAUAAGUGGAGAAUGCAUAUUGAAUUGGGCGAAAAAAAGCAUUGAAGAGUCAGGGAGUUGGAAUUGUCCCGCUUGCAAGGCUCAAUACUCACAGGUCCCUGCUUAUUACUGCUUUUGUGGGAAGUUGAGAAAUCCCCAAACUAGAAACGGAGAUAGGCCUCAUGCCUGUGAAAGCUUAUGUCUAGCUAAGAGGGGGGUUGGAUGUGUUCAUCCAUGUAAUGAGCCUUGCCAUCCUGGUCCUUGUCAGGAAUGUACGGCGUAUGUCACAAAAACAUGUUCGUGCGGUAAAACUACCAAGUCCGUCCGUUGUGGACAAUCUGUCGAGUGUUACAACCAAUGUGAUAAGGCGUUAAGUUGUGGAAAUCACAAAUGUGAGAAAAUGUGCCAUGCUGGAGAUUGUGCACCAUGUGAAGUACAAUUGAAGCAAUUAUGUUUUUGUGGAAGAGAAGAAAGAAGUUUGGAAUGUGGCCCGGGAUUGAGUUCCUUUGAUCGUUUCAGCUGUGAUCACCCCUGUCCUCUGAAGUACUCCUGCGGCAUUCAUGAUUGCGCCAAUAAAUGUCACGAUACAGCAAAAGGAUGUGGCUUAUGUCCAACAUCAGUAGAGAGAAUCACUUCUUGCCCAUGUGGCCAAAUGAGUUUUGAAGAAAAGAAAAUUAAAAGAAAUUCAUGUUUGGAUCCUAUACCCACUUGUUCCAACGUUUGUAACAAAGUGUUAGCCUGUGGGAACUUUGAUCAUAGAUGCGUUGCACAAUGUCAUAACGGCGAUUGUCCACCCUGCGAAGAUGAAGCUUUUAUCAAAUGUCGCUGUAGAAAAUCAAAGGAGAUUAUACGAUGUUCCGAAGUCCCUUCGAGGACUAAUGAAUAUAAUGAGAUUUUAUGCAAAUAUAAAUGCCAAAAAAGGAAAUCUUGCGGCAUUCACAGAUGCAAUGAACGUUGUUGUGUUUCUACUGAUCAUACUUGUCUACAGUUGUGUAGGAAGAAAUUAAGUUGUGGCCUUCAUUUCUGUGACUAUAUAUGCCAUUCUGGGCAAUGUCGUCCAUGCUUGAAUGCUAGUAAGUGUCAUACUGAGGAGGAUUGUCCACCUUGUACCGUGCUUACCGAGAAGCAGUGUUAUGGUGGACAUGAAGUUAGAAAGAACAUUCAGUGUCAUUUCUCUGGAAUUUCUUGCGGAAAGCCAUGUGGAAAACAACUAUCUUGCGGUGUUCAUAAAUGUGAUCGCAAUUGCCAUCCUGGGGAAUGUUAUGUGGAGGGGGUUAAUUGCACGAGACCAUGUCCUGCUGUUAGAUCAUCUUGCGAACACGCGUGCGCAAUGCCUUGUCAUCCAGAAGAAGAUUGUCCAGAUACCAAAUGUAUGCAGAUGGUGGAGGUUACCUGUUCAUGUGGUCGUCGUAAUGGAAAGAUGAAGUGCUAUGAUAUGAUGGCAUCCAUUAUACGAACAAAAGCAGCUGCAGCACAAGCAGAAGAAGGGUCGGAAAUCUCAGAAGAUAAUCCCACUCCGGGGGUUUUGACAAGAUCUAUGAGUGUUGAAAAUAUGACUUGCUUAUCAUGCAAUGAUGAUUGUAAGCGAGUUGCCCGAAAUAAGAAAGUAGCGGAAGCACUCUCAAUCGUUACGGAUGAAGAUGGGCUGACUGAUGAACCAACCGUAACCUUCACUGAAACUCUGAAAGAUGAAUUCAGAAAGAAUCCUAGUUUUGUUCAUGAAGUUGAGGCUACUUUUUGCUCAUUGGCUAAAAGUCUCAUAGAUGCCACUGUCUCUGAUGCACUCUCUCAUUCUUUCCGACCGAUGCACAUUGACAGAAGACGUUUCAUUCAUAACUAUGCGCAACUGUUCUGUAUGACCACAGUUAGUGUGGACGACCCACCCAAACGGAGCGUAAUUGUCACUGCACGAAGAAGUUGUGUCCGAGUUCCCCUGGUUUUGCUCACUGAUUUGCAGAAAUAUCCCUCACUUUUGAAAAGCCAUGGUUUAGUAACUCUUAAAAAUACUCCCACAAACGAUCAGAUCAAAAAGGCUGAACCUAUGCCUGAGAAGGGGAUGCAACCGCUGAAGAACAAGUGCAAAGUUUUCAAAAGGAUACCUAUAGUAAUCUCAAAACCGCCUCCGUUAAAGCAACAGAACUUUUUCUCUGUGUUAUGCAGUGAUAACGAAGAAGAAAACAAUGAUGAGAUUCAACCUCGGCAUAGUGGAGUUGUUAAAAGUAUGUGGUGGAGUGAUGAAGAAGACGACGUAGUUGAUAAAGAUUUUGUUGAUCAUACAGAUAUAACUGAGCUUCUAAAUGAUUGUAUAAAGAAAGUUAUAACUUUUUUGGGUGAAGAAUAG